ACAGCUCAGCCGCCAUGGGCUGCGGCCUCUGCCGGAUGGAGCGCUGCCGGGGCGUGGACGGCGCGCAGCUGAAGCUCCGGCGCCUGGUCCUCUGCUACGACGAGCCGGACGCUAGCCCCGAGGCGCAGAAAAUCGAGAUUGGUUUGCGCUCGGCGGUGCUGAUUCAGCGCUGGUACCGGCGCUACCUGGCGCGCAUGGAGCUGCAGCAGCGCUACACCUGGUCCAUCUUCCAGUCGAUCGAGUACGCCGGCGAGCUAGAUCAGAUGAAGUUGUACAACUUCUUUAACGCCCUAUUGGAGCAUCUGGAAGACGUCAAAGAGCCGAAGCCGGUGCUUCAGGAAAUCCAUACUG